UUCUUACUUGCCAGCCACUGUUAUGCAUAGCUUCCAUUUUUCAAAUUUUCUCGAACUUUUGAUCUCUCCGCCAAUCUUUCUCUUGUCUUUAAAACGCUUUCACUAUUCCCUCUUAUCUCUUUCCAUACCAGUAUCAGCUCCAUUUCUCGUGAUCUGUCUUUCUCUUUCUUGUAAGAUUAAAUUAAAAAUAAAAUGCCAAUUCCAUAAAUUAAAUCCCUAAUUUCACCUUCCCAUUACAUGCUCACUUUCAUCUAAUCUAUCUACUACUGUGGUUGUUCUCGUUGUCUCCUUAUCUCAAAAAAAGAAGGAAAAAAAAAUGGCUACUUCGGCCUUCAAAUCCACCACCAAAAGAGCGCCUCUCGGAAGAUCGCCAUCAACCGUAACAACAGAUGACUGCUAUUCUUCUUCGAAUCGAAGUACUUCCUCUUCUCACCGCCGGGCUCGUAGCCUCAGCCGCUUCUCCCGCCCUUUUCGUGACGACUUCUCCGAUGAGCCGCAAGUUCCUAGCGGGAGGUUUGUUAACACUAUGAGAGGAUCGAGUUUUCCUGAUAUAACACUAGAUGAUAUUGCUGUUGAGUUGUUUAAUUCUGGCGAUCGUGGCCGUUCUGCUUUGAGGAAUAAUGGUGAUGUCAGCUCUGGGGAUAAUAAUAACAAUAAAGUGAGCGUCUCUCAGAGAAGAGGUAGGUCGGUUUCGAGAAGAGUUGGUGAAGGGAAGGGUAGUUGUGCAAACAGUAAUGUCGGAGGAGGAAGGGUAAAUUCGGAAAAUAAUAAUUCCAGGAGGAGGCGUUCCGUUUCUGUUGUCAGAUACCAAAUUAGUGACUCUGAGAGUGAUUUAGAUCAUUCUCAGUAUUCAAGCAAUCGUGCUGCUUCAAAGAGUUUCAGUGGUGGAAGCACCCAGGUGCCACUGUCAAGUAAGGCAGCUGCUUCAAAUCAUAGGCAAGCGCUUAGACGCUCUCUUAGCCAAAAAGAUUUAAAGUAUCAUGAUGGCUAUUCUAGCCACUCAUCAGUCCUAACUGAUGAUGAAGGGAGGGAUGCUCAUUCUAAUGUAAAUGGGACUGAGAGAACAAUACGAACAGUUUAUACUCAGAAGAAGGGUGAGCAUCCCACUGGUGAUGAUAUAAAUAGUGGACUGUAUGAAGCAAUGAGAAAAGAACUUAGAAAAGCUGUAGAAGAGAUCAAAAUGGAACUCGAACAAGGUACGAGGAAACCAAGUGAUGACUGCUUGCAAUCCAGAAAUUCUGAUGUACUUCAGGCAGUUUCUACUAUUAGAAGGAAUUAUGCAACAAAAUUGGAACUGUCUGAGAAGCGUAAAAAAGAUUUGUUAGCAGAAAUAUUGUUGGAGGAGCAGCAUGGAAGGGAACUCUCUAAGAUGGUGAAGGAAUUGCUUCCUGAACCAAAGGACAAUGUUGCAGAAAAGCCAACCCGAGCUAGAAAGAAGAGCAGUGAUAGAAGCAGGAUGUCUAUGCGACUGACAGAAGAGGCGGAGAAAUAUUUUGAGGAUUUCAUAUCAAAUGUUGAAGAUACAGAUAUUUCGUCUUUAGACGGGGAAAUGACCGACACAAGUUCAAGUUUAGGAGGAAUAACAAAGACACAAGUUUUUCAAAGUCCAGCUUUGUCCAAGUCUGUUCCUGUUGAAAUGGAUGGGGUUGUACUGCCCUGGUUACAAUGGGAAACUUCUAAUGAUGCUUCUCCUUUAUUGAGCCGUAAGGCAGAGUUGGUGGCAACUCCAAAAACUCAUUUAUGGGAAACAGCUCAGGAAGCAACUCCUGGGAAAGAUUUAAGUUACCAUUCCAUCAGUAGCAAUGGGAGUUGGAGUCCAGGAGUUAUAGAUGGCCAUUCAACAAGUAAGGGUGAAACAGUUACUGGGAAUAGAUUUGGAGAAUAUGGUAGUCACUGCAGCCAAUUUUCAUCAGGCGGAACAAAGCCACGGUUUGAUGUUGAUGAGUACCUUAAGCGCCAAAGUGAGGAAGAUUUUCUCUUUGAGAGAUGGAAUCAACAACGGAGAAUCCAUUCAGGCAGUCUUCUUCUUUGUAACCAAAUAUUCUUUUAGCUGUAAUCCCUUGAACAGCAUAGUCAGUUCUAAGCUACGCAAAUUUCUUUGUACAGAUGUGUUUUUUAUUUUCCUUUUCUUUAAAAAAAAAAAAAAGAUUCUUGUGGAGAUAGCUUGUAAUCCUCAUUAAUUAUCAUCACAUGUUACUUUGAGAACACUUUCAGUUGCAUUAUAUCAAAAGAUUAUUCGAUAAAA